AUGGAAUCUCUCAUCUGGGUUGAUUGUGAGAUGACAGGGCUGGAUGUACAAAAGCAUCAUAUAAUUGAAAUAGCUGUAAUGAUCACAGAUAAAGAUUUAAAUAUAAUCGCAGAGGGACCUGAUAUAAUAAUUCAUAAAUCCAAGGAAUUUUUAGAUCAAACCAUGGAACCCUGGAGUAAAGAACACCAUGAAAAAAGUGGUCUCACCGCAAAAGUACUUUCCUCAACCAUUUCCACGCAAGAAGCAACUCAACAAAUUCUCUCGUUCAUCAAACAUCAUAUUCCAAAACCUCGAAUAGCUCCGCUUGCUGGGAAUUCAGUUGGAUACGAUCGAGCAUUUCUCGCUAAAGAAAUGCCCGAGGUUAUUGAUUGGUGUCAUUAUCGAGUUGUGGACGUGAGUUCCAUUAAAGAAUUGGCUAGACGAUGGUAUCCAUCCGUGUAUGAAAAUGCACCCAUCAAGAAAUAUACUCAUAGAGCAUUGAGUGAUAUCAAAGAGAGUAUAGAAGAAUUGAAAUAUUACAGAAAGAAUGUUUUCAAGUAA